AUGGCUGUGGGAAGCAACUGUGCACACUCCUCCAAGAUGCUAAAAUCCGAUAGCACACUCAUUCAAUGGACCUGCAAUCUAUGUCACUCAGGUCCCCACUGGUGGAUUUUCGAAUGUAGAUACUGCAAGAUUCAUACAUGCCGGGCUUGUGUUCAUAAUGUAUAG